AUGACCAACCCCGACGCCGUCAGAGACAAAUUCUACGAGGACCUGCACGCCCUCCUGGCGACUGUGUCGAAGGCGGACAAGUUGAUUGUCCUUGGUGACUUCAACGCCCGCGUCGGCACAGACCAUACUGCCUGGAGAGGAGUGCUGGGUCCCCACGGUCUCCGCGGCUCCAACGACAACGGACUGCUGCUUCUACGCACCUGCGCAGAACACCGCCUCAUCCUGACGAACACCUUCUUCUGUCUGCCGGAGCGAGAGAAGGCCACCUGGAGGCAUCCUCGGUCGCGUCAGUGGCACCUGCUGGACUAUGUCCUCGUCCGGAGGCGAGAUCAGCGGGACGUGCUGGUGACGAAGGCGAUCGCGGGCGCAGACGGGUGGACCGACCAUCGCCUCGUCAUCUCGAAGAUGCGUAUUCGCCCACAGCCUCGCAGGAGACCACAAGGUAAGCGACCCCCAGGUAAGCUGAAUGUUGCCUUGUUGUCUUUGCCCGCUCACCAUCUCCAUUUCAGCAAUGAGCUAGCUCAACGGCUAGACAACCUUCCUAUCGCUGCCGCCGACGACGCCGCCGCUGCCGAGAACGCCUUUGUGGAGAACCGCUGGUGUCAACUGCGAGACACGGUCCAGUCGACGGCGCUCGCUGUCCUCGGUCGCGCUCCCCGCCAACACCAGGACUGGUUCGACGACAACGACGCUGCCAUUAGAAAUCUGCUUGUUGAGAAGAACCGCCUACACAAAGCCUACGUAGAUCACCCCACUGAGGACAACAAAGCUGCCUCCUACCGCAGUCGCCGCCAACUGCAGCAACGACUGCGCGAGAUGCAGGACGCCUGGACUGCUCGCAAAGCUGAGGAGAUCCAAGGGUACGCGGACCGAAACGAAUGGAAGAACUUCUUCUCUGCGAUCAAAGCUAUCUACGGUCCGCCGACGAAGGGCACUGUUCCUCUCCUCAGCGCCGACGGCGACACUCUCCUGACUGAGAAGAAGCAAAUCCUACAGCGAUGGGCCGAGCAUUUCCGAGGCGUCCUCAACCGCUCCUCUGCUAUCUCCGACGCCGCCAUCGCCCGCUUGCCGCAAGUGGAGACCAGCGCGGACCUCGACCUCCCGCCAUCUCUCCAGGAGACCAUCAGGGCCGUGCAGCAGCUCUCCAGCGGGAAAGCACCCGGAUCGGACGCAAUCCCUGCUAAGGUCUACAAGCACGGAGGUCCCCAACUCAUGGAUCACCUGACUGCGCUCUUCCAAGAGAUGUGGCGUCAAGGUGAAGUCCCGCAAGAUUUCAAAGACGCAACCAUCGUGCAUCUCUACAAGCGCAAAGGGAAUCGCCAAGUCUGCGACAAUCACCGCGGAAUCUCCCUGCUGAACAUCGCCGGGAAGAUCUUCGCUCGCAUCCUGCUCAACCGCCUCAAUAACCAUCUGGAACAGGGCCUCCUGCCGGAAAGCCAAUGCGGCUUCCGUCGUCAUCGUGGGACCCCGGAUAUGAUCUUCGCAGCCCGCCAACUUCAGGAGAAGUGCCAGGAGAUGCGGACCCACCUGUACUCUACCUUCGUGGACCUGACGAAAGCCUUCGAAACGGCGAAUCGUGAAGGACUGUGGAAGAUCAUGCAGAAAUUCGGCUGUCCGGAGCGAUUUACUCAGAUGGUGCGUCAGCUGCACGACGGUAUGAUGGCGCGAGUCACGGACAACGGAGCUGUCUCAGAGGCAUUCGCAGUGACCAAUGGAGUGAGGCAGGGCUGCGUGCUGGCGCCAACCCUCUUCAGUUUUAUGUUCUCUGCCAUGCUGAUGGACGCCUACCGCGACGAACGCCCCGGGAUCCGCAUCGCCUACAGGACGGACGGUCACCUGCUGAAUCAACGGCGGAUGCACUCCCAGUGCGCGUAUCCACAACCACUGUCCACGAACUUCUCUUCGCCGACGACUGCGCCCUGA